AUGUCGAAAGAUCCAUCAAAACCCAACAUCGUGCUCAUCCUGGCCGACAAUCUUGGCUGGGGUGAGCUAGGCUGCUAUGGCGGUGGCAUCCUCCGCGGAGCUGCAACUCCUCGUAUCGACAAACUUGCCACCGAGGGCCUCCUCCUGCACAACUUCAACGUCGAGAGCGACUGUGUACCAACGCGCUCGGCAUUGAUGACUGGUCGACAUCCGAUAAGAACCGGAUGUCGUCAAUCUGUUCCUGCGGGCUUCCCUCAAGGCCUCACACGGUGGGAGCAGACGCUUCCAGAGUGUCUCAAGCCGCAAGGCUAUGCGACAGCCCAUCAUGGGAAAUGGCAUCUCGGCGACAUUCCUGGUCGGUAUCCGUCUGACCGGGGCUUCGACGAGUGGCUCGGAAUUCCUCGAACGACCGACGAAAGCCAGUUUACUUCAGUACUGGGAUACACGCCCGAAGUUGCUGAGCUGCCAUACAUAAUGAAGGGCAUUGCAGGACAAGACUCCGAGAACAUCUGUGUUUAUGACCUAGAAAAGCGACGAUUGAUCGAUGAGAUGCUAGUGGACCAGUCAAAAGAUUGGUUGUCGCGUCAAGUCGAAGCCGAGAAACCCUUCUUCUUAUACCACCCACUCGUCCAUCUGCAUUUCCCGACACUACCACAUCGCGAUUUCGAGGGUAAGACCGGACAAGGAGAGUUUGCCGACUCGAUGGCUGAGAUGGAUCACCGGGUGGGCCAGAUCAUUGAUCAUCUCGAUGCGCUUGGAGUACGUGAAAAUACUGUACUCAUCUUUGCCUCAGAUAAUGGGCCUGAGUUCAGACCACCAUACAAGGGCACCGCUGGGCCAUGGUCGGGGACAUAUCACACAGCGAUGGAAGGCAGUCUGAGAGUGCCCUUCAUCAUUCGCUGGCCGGGAAAUGUCCCUGUCGGUGUCACCUCGAAUGAGAUAGUGCAUGUCACUGAUGUUUUUACCACCAUCUUGGAAAUAGCUGGCGCCAACGCCCCGUCAGAUCGCCCAAUUGACGGCAUCAGUCAAGUUGCCUUCUUCAAAGACCCGGCAUCGACCAAAUCGAAGCGUGAUGGAUUCCUCUUUUAUAUCAAAGACGAGCUGCGCGCCGUCAAGUGGAAGGAUUGGAAGCUUCAUCUGGUCUGGGAGCCCAAGGUGAAUCAGUCAUCUGGAAAGCUCGAGUCGCCGUAUUUGUUUAACGUUAUACGCGAUCCCAAAGAAGAGACGGAUAUCCUAGCUUACAAUACUUGGGUUAUGCAGCCAGUCAUGAAGAUGAGGGCAGAAUUUGACAAGAGUUUAAGAGGUGAUCCGGCACCACCAGACCCUCUCAAAAGUCUUUAG